UGGCUCCUUUAAGAAAGUCAGCUGAUGCAAAUAAAAAGUUCGAAGGAGGAAAUAGGAAGUCGUUUACGAACAAACCAAGCACAAAGAGAAAUUGACAAUUUAAGACAUAAGACAAUGGCGGGUAUUAAAGCGCUGGUUGGCUUGUCCUUCGGUGGAGCUAUUGGCUUGACUUUCCUGCUGUUGGGCUGUGCACUGGAGCAGUAUGGGGUGUACUGGCCUCUCUUCGUCCUCAUCUUCUACAUACUGUCUCCUAUCCCCACCUUCAUAUCCAGAAGGCUCAGUGAUGACAGUGACGCCGCCAGCAACGCAUGCAGAGAGCUGGCAUGCUUCUUCACUACGGGCAUUGUGGUGUCUGCGUUUGGGCUUCCCAUCAUACUGGCCCGGGUUGCAUUAAUCCAGUGGGGGGCCUGUGGCCUGGUGAUGGCCGGCAACGCUUUCAUCUUCCUCACCAUCCUGGGCUUCUUCCUGGUGUUCGGCGGGGGAGACGACUUCAGCUGGGAGCAGUGGUAGACCGUCUGUGGAUCUCUGGCACAAUCCCAAAUGGACCCCCUAGACCCUAUGGACUUGUGGAGAUCUGAGAUUUGACAGGUGCAACCAAUAUGGUAGUAGCUUCACCUUGCCCUCUGAUAGGCUAGGUGGAAGUUUCACCAUAUUGUUUAAACCAAUCAAAUCUACUCUGAUCUCUAAAAGUGCAUAGGGUCUAGGGAUCGAUUGGGAGACAGAGGGAGUCAGUCAUUCCUGUUAACAGCAAGUUUACAGUGGUGGACAACAGAUAUGAUAAACCCAAAAGCUACUAUGGCCUAACGUCGCUACUAACUGACGUUUUAAGAAGCUGAUGCUGACUAUUUAAUGUCCUAUGAGAAAGGGAUUGGUUAGUGAGGAGAGGGUGGCACUGAACAGUGUGUCUGGGAUGUUAAUGGACAAUGACACUGCGAUGUCUGUCCUUUUUUUUAUAGUAUUCGCUCCAUUAUUCCCUUCAACCUUUUUUGCCUUUUCUGUCCCCUAUGCUGAGGGAGAGUCAUUGAAAACCAGUGUCCCGUCCAGAAACCCCCCCCUAGGAACCUGUUGAUCUCAGUGAGAAGACUGGAUAGGUGUAAGCAUAUGGUGAAAUAUCACCAAGGGGAAACGUUCUUUUAACAUCUACACAAGUGUCUAGGGCUAGAGUGGUUGUUUCUGGACAAGGCCCACCUCUCUACAGUCAUAUCUAUAAAGCCAGAGGCUAGUUUAAGGAUAGUAAUAACUUGUACAUGUGUUAUGAAGGAUACUGUUGAAUGAUUUUUGUUGUAAUCACCACUACACCGUCUAUUUCUAAUUAAUUUAGGGAGUAUUCUGUUUGUGAAAAUAUCUUAUUUUAAGCGUAAGCAUUUCAAAUGAUCAACUCAUUUUUUCAGUUGAUUACGUGUGUACCUUUUUGUUUGUAUGUAUCUAUUUCAUAUGCUCACUUUGGGUAUGACUACAUAACCAGGUCAAGGUUUCUGUCUGUAGUUUUCAACAUGUUGCCCUUCUGCAAUUAUUUCCACCAAUACCAAAGGCCAUUUUAAGAAAAUAAGGUAGACAUGAUUCCCCCCCCCCCCCCCACUAAGGUUUCUGAUGUGUCUAUGAUUAUGAAACACACAGUUCAUAUUAAUUAUGAAAACUACAUUUAUGCCAUUAUAAGCUGGUUGUCUUCACUGAGGACAGAAGCUAACAUAAGGGUUUGUGAAUCAUUGUCUACAUUUGUACGGGAAUGUUGAUUUCACACAUGGAAUGUAAACACUAUAUAUUUUGCAGUUUUUAGACCAGAUCUGUUUGUGUUAAAAUGAAGUGCCCAAGUUUCUAUUCACCAACAAACACUAAACACAUUGACAAGUGCCUGUUAAAUAUCUAUUUUUUACUAAUUCAAAAACGUUUUUAUAUAACUUAUAAAAGCCAAUUUUUACAUUCUGUACUGGUAAAGCCUGAGAACCUAUAUAUAUAUAUAUAGUACAGUAUAGAAUGAUGUAUUGCAAUUAGUGACCAAAUGUAACCAGACUACUUUAUACUUAGCUAUAGCAACAUGCAAUCACUAAGUAUAAAGUAGGCCUACUUCCAAUCAAUGUCUUAUUUUCACUGAAGGGUCAAUUGAAGGGUGUUUCAGGGAGAGUGGCCAUAUGCAACAACAACAACCAAAAUAAUACACGUUUCCAAUUCACUCGUAUGUAUAAAUGAUACACUUGUGCGUGUGUAAUAGGACAAAUAUAAGCACCCACCAAAGAAAAACAUAUUGAACAUUGCUACAUGAUCUUAUCUCAUGAAUAUAAACAUAGCUCAUAAAACAAUCGUUCAUUAUGACGCCUUUGUGUUGCACAUGUACUGGUCAACUCGAAAUGUAACAUCACUUUCAAAACACUAGAGGGCACCAGAGAGAACUGUUUUUUAAACUAUGACCAAAAAAAACCUAUACACAGUCUUGUUUUCUAACAUUAAUUAAAACACUAUUGAAAUAAAAUA